GGCCGGUACUGCAGCCUUGGAUCUUUCGAAGAUGGAACGACGUGCUGCUUUCCAUGUCCUAUCCAGGACUGGCUCUAUAAACCAAAUUGGGAAGACCAUCUCCGUAUCCCAAACUACCUCUCCGUCCUCUCCGUGACCCUAUGCCUUUUCCUCAUGCUAUCUUUCGCCGUUCUUCCCCCGGAAGCAACACACCGCCACUACCUUUCCAUUGGCCUCCUUUUCUCGGUCGUCUUCAUUUCACUAUCCUUCGCCAUUCCAGUUACGAUAGAUCCGAACGUGUGCUUCGAUAUUAUCACACCGCACGACAUGCACACAUCCCAGUCAUGCGCCUGGACAGGUUCUUUUAUGGUCCUCGGCGGCGUGGGCAGCGUCGUCUGGGUCUUCCUCCGGAGUCUAUGGUUGCACAUCCGGAUCUUCUGGGACAAAGAUCCGGGAACGAGGUUCAUGUGGGGCAGCAUCAUAUUUGGAAUAGCGAUGCCUUUCGUCUCGUUGAUCGCGGUGCUCUCCGUAACGGGACUGAGUUAUCGCAUUGGUCAAACAUGCCUGCCCAGUCAUGAGCAUGCUAUCGUGACAUUCUGGAUCUGGCUCAUCUUUUUCGCGAUCUUGGCCUCUCUUCUGCAGAUAUUCAUCUCGGGGUACGGCUUCUACGUGUACGUUCGGUCUCUGCGACGUAUGCGGCGCGAGUCGGCAAUCGACUCCUUCGAAAGAGGUCACCUGAGGCGGACAACCGAAUCCUGGGGUAACGUGAGGAGACUCUUCCUUUCGCAGUGGCGCAACAUCCUGGUUAGUGUAUUCGUGAUCAUCGGCAGUAUCAGCUUCUUCGUCGUGUUCUGGACGCAGGAUGGGAAGCUAGGACGCCUGUUCAACGACCCGAACAACAUCAUGACCUUGAAGACUUGGAUCAUCUGCCAGGUCCCGAGUAUGGGCAACAAGCAGGGGUGUAAUAAGUACGUUCAAGACUUUACUGUGGAUCAAGUAACCGUGCUGGUGUCAUUGAUUUUGGCUUCUCUCAUCGGCAUAUCCAUCUUCAUCCUCCUAUUCCGCGCCACCAUGCUCCAAGCCUGGCUCGCCCUCUUCCGCCGCCUUUACCACCGCGCCGUUCACCACGGCCGGCCGCCCGCCCACCCCGCAACUCACACCUCUUGA